GGGCGUUGCCACUUCGCGGCAGCUGUCAGAUCUUACCCGAGCGACAAAAACACGGGCUUGAACGCUGAUCUUUUCUGCACAAUGAUGUUCGUCUAAGAUACAGAGUGUUGAUAUUCCUCACCUGGCCCCUCUGACCUCCAUAUCGUAAAUAACAAUGGAAACCGCUAAUAACUAUGUGCUGAUCCAUGGGAAGAACAUCUCCCAUAACACCCUGACAGGCGCUGCUGCGGGACCUCACAUGUCCAUAGACAAGCUCUUCCCAGCUCUCCUGGAGUGCUUUGGCAUCAUACUGUGCGGCUACAUAGCGGGCAGGGCUGACAUCAUCACAGAGAGCCAGGCAAAGGGUUUGGGGAACUUUGUGUCCAAGUUUGCUCUUCCAGCACUGCUUUUUAAAAACAUGGUGCUGCUGGACUUUGGAAAUGUCAUAUGGGCAUUUCUGUGGAGUGUCCUGGUUGCUAAGGUGACAGUGUUUGUGCUGGUAUGUGUGCUAACACUGAUAGUGGCCAGUCCAGACAGCAGAUACAGCAAGGCUGGUCUAUAUGCCAUCUUUGCUACUCAGAGUAACGACUUUGCCCUUGGGUACCCUAUAGUUGAUGCUUUGUAUCGGAGUACAUAUCCAGAAUACCUCCAGUACAUAUACUUGGUUGCUCCUGUGUCCCUCAUGCUCCUCAAUCCCAUUGGCUUUGCUCUUUGUGAGGUGCAGAGGUGGAGACAGGCCAGCCAUCCACAGCGCAGUAGUCUGGGCAUCCUGGGAGUUGUUGUUUUACAGGUGUUGAAGAACCCAGUAGUGUUCAUGGUGAUAGUGGGAAUCAUUUCUCACUUUGUACUGAGCCAGCAGAUCCCUGCUGUGUUGUCAGAGUUCAUAGAUGGUCUCGCCAACUCUUUUGGAGGGGCAGCAUUGUUUUACCUCGGCCUCACUAUGGUUGGUCAGCUUAGAAAACUAACCAGAGACACUGGAGUUGCUUUGAUACUGCUCAUCACAGCCAAACUCCUGAUAAUGCCGCUGGUCUGUAAAGACAUGGUGGAUAUUCUGGAUACUGGAGUGAACAGCACGAGUGCCAAUCACACAAGUUUGUCCAACUUUGCUUUCCUCUAUGGAGUCUUCCCAACAGCGCCCAGUGUGGCCAUCUAUGCCGGACACUAUAACAUGGAGUUAGAAGUGGUAACAUCAGGGAUGGUAAUCAGUACGUUUCUGUCGGCACCGAUCAUGUAUGUGUCUGCCUGGUUAUUAACAAUCCCUUUAAUGGACCCAACCCCCCUGGUUACAGAGCUUGAAAAUGUCAGCUUCAACAUCAGCAUUGUCAGCCUCGUAGCUCUGGUGUGGACCAUAGUGGUGAUGCUGCUCAGCAGAAAAUUUAACAGACUCCCUCACCUGUUCGUGCUAAAUCUUUUCCUGGCUCAGUUCAUAGUGUGUGUUAGUAUGAUCCUUUGGAACUUCUUGGUGAAACAAGAAGAUAAUCUACUCGGCAAAAUUCUCACCUUCACUUUGCUCUAUGGGUCUCUUUACAGCACGUACAUUUGGACAGGUUUAAUCCCUCUCUGUCUGGCUCUGACUAACAGAGAUGAUCUGCUCAGACUCCGACCGGGUGUCUUCAUGAUUUUGGGUUGGGGGGUUCCUUUCCUAAUGGUCGGAGGUCUUCUGAUAUCAGGAGAGAGGACUGAUACCAUAGACUCCGCCUUCUUCUAUGGCAGAGCUCAGAUAAUCAGCACUGCAGUGAUCCUUGCAGUCAGCCUGGUCCUGGGUGCAAUAUCUUUGAUGGGUCUCAGCCAGGGAGAACGGGAGAGCGGCUACCAAGCCCUGAGCAGAGCAACUGUAACAGGCAUCAAUGAUGAGCUGAGGGCCCCUGGUGGCCUGGAGGAUUCACACCAACAGCAAGAACAGACGCAGAUAUCAAAUUCGCCUGCCUGCAGCAUCAACUCCGACGUCCACGGUUUCUCUGCUCUCCAGCCGAUACCUGAUAUGAUAGCCAGUACGCAGAGGGAGCACACAAACAGCACAGGCCACAUGGGGGCGCUGUUUGACGGACAUCAGCAAAGUACUUCUUACUCUGAGCAGCCGCUCAAUCUGCCUCCACCUGGGCCUCAAACCACAGAUGAUAAACAGAUUGUGAGACAUGUUCUGCUCUGUCUGCUGCUCAUUGUCAGCCUCCUAGCGAACCUGUCCAGUUGUCUGUGGUGGUUGUUCAAUAAAGAUCCAGGAAGACUUUACCUUGAACUACAGUUCUUCUGUGCUGUGGCAAACUAUGGACAGGGUUUCUUGUCCUUUGGGAUUUUUGGUCUGGACAGACACCUCAUCAUCUUACCUUUUAAGAAGAGAUUGCUCAGCCUGUGGCAGGGCAGGGACAGUGACGAUUUGAGUCCCUCAGGGGUCCCAGAGGAGGUCAGGCUCACCUGUACUCAGUUUGUCCGCUACCACAAAGACCAGUGCGUACAAGACAUAGUACGCACACACAGGUUUGGAGGAGGACUGGAGGAGGAAAACGGAGUUCUGAGACAUUCCCCAGCCCAUGAACCUCUUUACCUAAACACAAGUUCUAGUGAUCAGGAGCAACUAAACCAUGAUUUCCAGAUUCUUAACCCAAAUCACGACCCAGUUCAAUCCAGCAGCCAGUGUUUGGUUUCAAGUACACCCCACCAAGAGCCUGCGAAAGAGCAGCAAGCACAUAUUCCCAACCCUGAUGUACCUGAGGAGCAGAUAUCCCAUGACCCUGCUAAUUCUCAUCACCAGCACGGUCAUGCUUCAAGCUCUCCCCAGUUUCAUCAACAUCCCCAGUCGCAUCUGGAAAAUGUGUUUCGAGGCAGCGACUUGGUAGACUGGCUGGUGGACCGAGGCCUCUGCGCUGGACGAGCUGAGGCGCAGCUGUAUGGUGCCCGUCUUCAGCAGGGGGGAGUGUUCACAGGCCAGCACAGGUUCAGGGAUGAACCCAACUUUCUGUAUCGCUUCCCACAGGAAAGAGUGGAGGAGGAGGGGGGAACAAGGUGAAGAACUCAGCUUUAGGGGGUACAAAGCAGUAACCACCAUAGCUGAGCGCCAAAGCAGAAGUGCCUUAUAGUGCAGCUUUUCCAAAGGCCACUUGAGGCUGACUCUGGAUUAUAUGAGAGACACCUGUUUGCCCACCAAAAUCUGCUGUGGGUUAUUUGUCUUUGUAUAUUCAGAGUGGUUGCCAAUUGAAUUUCCGCUUACUAGCUAAUCAUAUGGAGAGCCUGCAGUUGCCGUUGCUUUAGAAGGAACUGAAAAAAAGGAAGGUGAUGGUUGGGGUUCUGGAGGAAUAGGUAAAAUGUGGAAACAAUCACUCCCUACUGGUACUUGACCCCUCCUAACUGGAACAUCCAUUUUUUUUCUCAGUUGAGAUAUAAGCAGCAGACAACCAGUCCCACAUGUGACAGGGGAAAUUUUUUUCUUGAGUGCUUUCUGGAUGAUUUUUUUUGUUUGUUUGUUUUAAAGGAAACAUUAUCUUGGGCCAUCAUCCUUACAUAAAUAUUAUUUAAGAUAAACAUGCAAGUGGUGAGAAAAUCAUAAAAGCAGACCAGUAAUCUGAUGGGACUGCUCAGUGAACGCCUGUGACAUUCUUCUCAAACACUUUUAUAUUUUCUUUCAGGGGACGUUAAAGCAUCCAGGAUCUGCCUGUUAUUUCAGUAUUAUUUUGCACGCUGUGUCUUUCAGCCACUCUGGUCUAAUCUGACUAGUUGCAUGACUCAGCAGUACGGACUUCCGCUCAGCAAUGAGCUUUUCGCACUGAAUAAAUACACUCUCCACGUUUUUAAAUUAUGCAACCCACUGGAUUAUCGGUCUUGUGGUGAUGCUGCGGAAGAUGUUUGUUUUCCUUUGCAUCUUGUAAUUGUGUUGCAGCUGUCGGUUUUAAAAUAUUUGUUUGGGACCGACGUUAUUAAACGGAUUCAUUCAUCCAUGGUGGAACAUCAAGACAAGAGGAUGUAGUUACUGUGAUUAUAGAUCUGUCCAUUUGAACUGAAUACAAACAGCCAGCGGGCUCACGUUGUCAGUUACGGUCCUGUUUUUGUUUCAGAUGGCAGCUUACUUUUCUGUACAUUAUACACAAAACCACAGCUUAACUGUUUACAACUGUGAUAAGGUACUAUCAUAAAGUUCCUUAACUCUGUCCAUUUAAAAAAAAAAAAGUUUAAAAUUUCCUGGCAAUGCGGCACUACGUUCAGAACUGGAUGGAUUUUUAGGAUGUGCCUUUAUCAGGAUGUUACAGCGUAACUUCACAUUAACAGUUUGACUGUGGAGGACGAAUUUACGGUUACAACCCUGCGAACAUGCUCCCGGUAGUCCUCCAGAUGUGCAUGUGCAAGUCAGACUGGGAUGUUCAAGGAGCAAUCCGAAAAUAGCAGCUGCACUGAAAGCCAUCCAGAGGUGACCUUAAAGCAGAUGCAGGCCAAAUUUAAAAUGGGGAAGGUGAAUCUUAUUUUUUCUUAAAUGAGCAGAGUCACAAAACUGUGUGGUUGACCUUUCAUACAUGCCUGUUAUGUUGCUGCUGUUUUACAGUAUUGCUGCUAUGAAGUUUACAGUGUGUUGCUAAGGUUGUAGAAGGUGGAUGGUGAUAUAUGCAUGUUUUAAAAAAAAAAAA